AGGUGUUUGACUUGUGAAUCCACACUAAAAUACCUGUUUGACCUGAAGAUUCCUGCCUCAACUCUUUGUUAUGUUUCCAGAGUGAGUUCUUUUAUUUUUGAUAGCCCAAGUACCUAGAUAGACAACUUAGUUGAUUUUCUCAAGUCUGCCAUGACACUGGCCUGCCUGAUGCGCAAAGGCAACUCAUUCCACCUUUUGUAAGCUUUGUCUUCUUUGUCUCAGGGACGACCAACAAUGACUGAUCUGCCAACCUGAAUGAGCAUGAGGGAGCGUACAGCUGUAGCUGGUCGGACAAAUACUAUGAGGGUGAAGAUGAACUCGACUUGUGUGUCUUAUUUCAUAUUGGCAGCUUACUUUGACACUGGUCUGUUUAAAUAUGUGAUCUUCCUGACUGUGCUGUGUUACUAUGUGUUAAUCAUUGUUGCCAACAUGCUGCUGAUCGUAGUUAUCUGUAUGAACAAAAGUCUACAUGAGCCUAUGUACCUGUUUGUGUGCAGCCUGUCAGUAAAUGAAGUGUAUGGUAGUACAGGCUUGUUUCCAUUAUUGCUGCUUCAAACUCUCUCCAAUGUUCACACCAUCUCUUUUUCUCUUUGUUUCCUGCAGAUCUACUGUGGACACACUUAUGUUUGUGUUGGAUUGUUAAAUUUAACCACCAUGUCCUAUGACCGUUACCUCGCCAUCUGUCACCCUCUGCAGUACAACACAAAUAUGACAUCUAAAAAGGUUGCUGUGCUCAUUGCUCUGUCAUGGUUGUUUCCUCUCCUUGAGAUUGUCAUUCUGAUAUCACUGACGUUGUCUCUACAGCUGUGUGGAAAUGUCAUCCACAAAGUUUACUGUGAUAACUUUUCUGUGGUCAAACUUUCAUGCUCUGACACCAGUGUCAACAACAUAUACGGCCUGGUGUUCACGGUGAUCGCCAUCAUCAUCCCAUUUGUCCUUAUUCUGAUAACAUACGUGAGGAUUUUAAUAGUCUGUUUCUCUGGUUGUAAACAGACAAGACAGAAAGCAAUCAGCACCUGCACACCUCAAGUGGCCUCGCUGCUCAACUUCUUCUUUGGGGUUUGUGUUGAAGUUCUGCAGAGCAGGUUUGAUAUGAACGGCACCCCUAAUAUUCUGAGAAUGUUUUUAUCUUUAUAUUUUGUCACAUGUCAGCCGCUCUUCAACCCUCUGAUGUACGGACUCAAGCUGUCAAAAAUACGCAACAUGUACUUCCGUCCCACCUCAUGACCCACUUCAGUGUAACAUCUGGCUUCCUGCUGCUG